AUGUAUUUGGGACAGCAUCGGAUUGUAAAGAAAAACAGCAUAGUUCUUGAAGAUGAAAAAUCAUCACAAAGACAAUCAGUUCACCAGCACCGGGCAUGCUCCUCUGAAACAGAUAUACAGAACGGAAGAUGCAAUGGGCCAGAACAAAGCCAGAAUAAGCAAUUGAUGCCAGGAGACUCUACUUUAGCUAUGGAUGAGGAUAUUUUACAAGCUAUGGCGGAACUGGGUCCCGAGAUCUUGAAAUUCAAGAAAGAUGAAAACAUUCAACAAAGCUCCACAUCUGUAAAGCCAUCUGGAUCUGAAUUACCAUCAAUGAAGAAAAGCACUGACUUACCUGUAAUACCAGAAAGUAGUUGUGAGCAACAAAUGCAAAAUGCAGAAAAUAUCAGCCCCACAAUUCCAGUGUCUGCAUGGCCAUCAUCAGAAUGUAAGAGAUACAGAACACAAGUGAAAAAAGAGAAAGAUUGGAGGGAUUUGGCUCAGAAGCUGUUAUUCAGUGAAACCAAAAAGACAGAAGCAGGAGGGCAGGCUCAUGAUUGUGAGUUGAGGGACACAGAAUAUUCUUCACCGCAAAAUAACUUUAUUUCCUUGAAAAAAACAUCCAAAGGUGCAAAUGACAGGUCACAUUUAAAGUCCAGUAAACACAUCAACACAGAAGACUCUCUCACUACCUUCAAGGAUUACAUUCUCUUCAGUCCAAGACAUAUGGCAGCUGCAAAAGAGCAAUCUGUGUUGCAACAGCAGAAAAGAUCACUCAAAAACCUUUCAGUUUCGGUGCUCACUCCUCCACCUGGUCUGGAUCUCAGCAUCCUCACUGAUGCUACACUACCUGAUGCAGCCCAAAGUAUUCAUAUGGGAUAUCCUGCUGAUCAGUCAGAUAAGCUUUUGCUCUCCAGUUGGGGGCUCCCUAAGCCUGUUCUUGAGAAGUACCUUUGUCUAGGAGUCCAAAGAAUGUUUGAGUGGCAGGCGGAAUGUCUGACCUUGGGCAAAGUGUUGGAGGGCCAGAACCUGGUAUAUUCUGCUCCAACCAGUGCAGGGAAAACUUUGGUUUCUGAGUUAUUAAUCUUGAAGAGAGUUCUAGAAACUGGACAAAAGGCAAUGUUCAUACUCCCUUUCGUUUCUGUUGCACGUGAGAAGAUGUUUUAUUUACAGAAUGUGUUUCAGGAGGCAGGGAUCAGAGUAGAGGGGUACAUGGGUAACACUUCUGCAGCUGGUGGGUUUUCAGCCCUGGAUGUUGCUGUGUGCACGAUAGAGAAAGCUAAUGGACUCAUUAACAGGCUUAUUGAAGAAGACAAACUGGAUCUACUUGGAAUUGUUGUGGUCGAUGAGCUGCACAUGCUUGGUGACUCUGGUCGUGGAUAUCUGUUGGAACUUUUGCUGACUAAAAUUAAAUACAUUGCACAAAGAAAUGCACUAAGGUGCUCUGGCCCACGUACAACUGCGGCUGUGCAGAUUAUUGGUAUGAGUGCCACACUUCCAAACUUGGAUCUUCUUGCCCGCUGGUUAAAUGCUGAGCUUUAUAGCACUAACUAUCGUCCUGUGCCACUGAUGGAGUGGGUCAAGAUUGGCACAAAUGUCUAUGAUGGCUCUCUGAACCUUGUCAGACAGUUCACUCCAUCUCUUCCUUUUAAGGGAGAUGAUGAUCACAUUGUGAGCCUCUGCUUUGAGACAGUGCAGGAUGGACACUCUGCUCUGCUCUUCUGUCCUUCAAAAAACUGGUGUGAGAAGCUGGCAGAUAGCAUUGGCAGGGAGUUUUACAAUCUCCAUCACAAAGAGAUGCAGUCAGGCUCUGGAGUGCAAAGUAUUUCUCUGAAACCAGAAGGUCUUCAGGAUGUGGUGGCCCAGCUUAAGCGGACUCCUGCAGGCCUAGACCAAGUCCUUCAGCGGACUGUUCCCUGGGGGGUAGCCUUCCACCAUGCAGGUUUGACAUUUGAUGAGCGGGACAUUCUAGAAGGUGCUUUUCGUCAAGGCUACAUUAGGGUGCUAGUUGCCACAUCCACCUUGUCCUCUGGUGUAAAUCUGCCUGCUCGUCGUGUGAUUAUCAGAACUCCUGUUUUCAAUGGUCAUUUGUUGGAUAUAAUGACUUAUAAACAGAUGGUUGGACGGGCUGGGCGUAAAGGUGUAGACACACUGGGUGAGAGUGUGCUGGUCUGUAAAGAGGCUGAGCGUGUGAAGGGGUUGAGCCUCAUCCAGGGCACACUUAAACCAAUCAGCAGCUGCCUGGUGAAGAAGGAGGGUGAAGGUGUUACUACUAGCAUGCUCAGGGCCAUCCUAGAGAUUAUUGUUGGAGGAGUUGCCAGCUCACCACAGGAUGUGAGGAUGUAUGCUUCCUGCACUCUGCUAGCAGCAAAUAUGGCAGCCGAACAGCCACAUCAGGAGGGAACUGAAUCAGAAUCUCGAAGCAAGGGUGCAAUUGAGGCAUGUACAGAGUGGCUGAUGGACAAUGAGUUCAUUCACAUACAGAAGGAGGGAGAUGUGGAGAGGUACUGCUCCACGCAUCUAGGCUCUGCGACUCUGUCUUCAUCUUUAUCACCACCAGAGGCCUUGGGGAUUUUUGCAGAUCUCCAGAGAGCAAUGAAAGGAUUUGUUUUGGAAAAUGACCUGCAUAUUCUCUACCAGAUAACACCUGUGUAUGUGGACUGGACAACAAUUGACUGGUACCAGUUCUUCUGUAUGUGGGAGCAACUACCCUCUGCAAUGAAGCGAGUGGCUGAGAUGGUGGGCAUCCAAGAAGGUUUCUUGGCUCGCUCCGUUAGUGGAAAAUUGAUUGCUAAAACAGAGAAGCAACGCAGACAGAUGGCUAUUCAUAAACGUUUUUUCACAACAUUGGUUCUGUUCGACUUGGUUAGUGAAGAACCUAUUGGAGCUGUUGCAAAAAAGUAUGGCUGUAGCCGAGGACAGCUUCAGUCACUUCAACAGUCUGCCUCAACAUAUGCAGGAAUGGUUACAGUCUUCUGUAAUCGGCUUGGAUGGCACAACCUGGAGCUGCUUCUAUCCCAGUUCCAAAGUCGUCUGAGUUUUGGAGUCCAGAGGGAGUUGUGUGAUCUGGUUCGAAUUUCUAUACUGAACGCCCAGAGAGCACGUAUGCUCUACAGCUCUGGAUUCGUUACUGUGGCAGACGUGGCAAGGGCUGAUAUUACAGAGGUGGAGAAGGCCCUCAGAAAAGCCAUCCCUUUCAAAAGCUCCAGACAAGCAGUGGAUGAGAGUGAGGUGGAGGCUCAUGAACGCAAGAGCAUGCGUUGUAUCUGGGUCAGUGGAAAAAAGGCCUUGACCGAAAAAGAGGCUGCUCAACAGAUCGUAGCUGAGGCCAGACUGCUCCUACAACAGGAUUUGGCUGUUCUUGGGGUGGAGUGGAACCCGAACUCCCUCUCAGCAAAUGCCCAACCAGAUUCCAGUUCACUAAAGGAAUUGUUAAAUGAAAAACAGACCAGGUCAAGGAGUCCAGUACAUGAACAGGGGCAAAAUGAUGAAAUGAGAUCAAGAGAAGCAGAGGCAGAACAGAAUAUAUUAGUGGACAAAUCUCUUGACACUCAUUCUCCUAUGAGGCCAGUAAAGUUCACUGGUAAUGUGGAAAAGCCAUUGGACAUUGACUCUGUCACGGAAAUCACUAUACAUCAGGCAGAUGAUGUAACAUCUGCCCAGUGUCAGUCAGCUAAGAAGUUUGAACUGCAGUCAAUUGCAUUGCACAAAGUUCUUAAAUCCAUCAAUUUGAAAGACAAGGGUUGUCACAACAACCCGAUAAUUGCUGGGUCAUCAAAUUUUUCUUUAAAAUCAGUUCAAAGGAACUUGGGACAAAAUUCCAGUCUAGAGAGUAACUUUAUCUCUGACAAUGACCAACAUUCUGCAAGACCACUCUUAAAACGCAGAAGGGUGGAUUUUGACGAUAUUGCUGGAGCAGGACCUACAAUCAUUGGAGCUAAAACAACAACACUAAUUGCAAAUGACAGUAAACCAACGAAAACUGUCGAAGAGCUUGGCUCUAAUUUUGAGGAACCUGAAUCUGAUUGUAGAACAGAUAAAGAAAAUAUAAAAUUCCAGUCUUUCAUUGCUGAGCAGAACCUAGUCGUAUCUCACUUAUGCCGACCACUUCAGGAUGGGGAGGCCCCAAAUGCAACCCAUGUAUUCCCUUCAAAUAAGGGGAAAAAGUGCACAUCUAAAACAAAACAUUUAAAUCAAACUGCAAAUGAACUUCAGACUGAAACUAAAAAUCAACUAAACAAAUUAGCAGUUACAACUAGUUUCAGGAAUUUCAGCCACAGAGAUGAGACAGCAAGCCUGAAUUAUAAGAAUGUUCAAUCAGAUUUUAGCUCACACAUAAAACCCAGGGUUACAAAUGAGUUUGAAUAUAAUUCUGAGAAGUUUAGAUCUCCUGACUUGUACACAAAUGAAUUGGAGGAGUUUGGUGAUAGUUUUCAGCUUGAUACACAGACUGAGAAAAUGUUGCUUCAGGCGGAUGAUUUUUCAGAUGGCAAUGCUAACUUAAAAAUUUUCAAGGAAAGUAAACAGGAUGGAAACCAUGUUGAUUUAGGAGGUAAGAUGAGAAUUAUCAAACCGUUAUCAUCAUUAGAAUAUAAGAAAAACAAAGACCCAGCUGAAGGUUGUGGCCAAACAAAACAACAUCACAGCCCCUUGCCAAUUGAAGUCAAACCUAAAUAUAACAUUUCACUUACAGACAGCCAGUUGGAGAAUAUUUUAAAUUACAGUAAUCAAGCUUCUGAAGAAGAAUCAUGUGCAAAUAAACCAGCUGACCAAAAAGAAAAUCAUGAGUCCACAAACAAUAGCCCCAACAGGAGCAGCAGCUUUCUAUUUGACAGUCUCUAUGACAAUUCCAUCUUGGAUGCCAUGGUGGAAGCAGCAGUGGAUGGCAAGGAUGAGAUGGUCGCUAAGGUACGUGCUAAUUCAAAUGACCCUUCUUCUCCAGAACUCAAUCAGGAGAGGAGAGAAUCUGUGCCAACAGACGAUCAAGAAGCAAUGCAGUGGGGUGAAUCAUCUUUCAACUUGUCAGAAUGGGGAGAUUCAUUACUUAUUGGAGAGCACUACCUUGAAAAAUUCAACAGUGUUGCCAAGAGUUGUGAAGGACCAAGAUUGGGCCCAGACGAAGCAGAGAAACCCACAUAUAUAGAUGACAUUGUGUCUGAACUACACUUAUCUCAAAGCAAUGAACCUCGUUCAGAAAUGACAUCUGAAAGACCUGUGUUAAAUGGUUAUUCAUUUCACAUCAGCCCAGGAAUGCAGGACAUUUUUGAUCAAUGGUCUGAUCAGUUUUCAACUCUAGAUGAGGCUUCAAGGCAGUCACUUUCAACUGUGGUGGAGCCUAAUGUCAUUGCUAUUCACGAGGAGCGAGCUGUUUCCCCAACAGCACACGCAAACCAUGGGAUUGAGUGGGGAUGUCCAAGAAACGCAACAAACGAAGACUUAAGGGUUGUCCAGGCAAAACCAGUGACCCCUAAUGACCUGAUUCCUCCCACAGCUGUUAAUGAUCCAGUCACACCAAGGGUCAAAAUGACCACCUCAGCUUUACAAUCACCACUUAAUCACAAAACUAAGCAGGGGUCUGAAUUGGAUCCAAAUUCCAAUUCCAUUACACAGAAAGAUGAUCAACCUUAUUUGAAGACAAACUCAGUGUUAGAGUUGGAGACGACUCUGGCUGAUGAGGGCUUUGCAAGACUUUCUCAAUGCCCAUCACUUCCUGCUUCUAACUCCUGCAGUCCAGAGUCAUUUACCAUAAUUGAUGUGGCAAGUGAUACAAGGCUUUUCCAAACAUUUGUAAAGGAGUGGAAAACAAAGGAAAGAUUUUCACUUGCUGUUGCCUGUGAGAAGAUAGACUGCAGCACUAUGAGACCUGAGAACGUUAUAGGUGGAAAAUUUAAAAAACCAACUUCUCCCUUGAGAAAUAAAAGAAAAGAUGGCUUCCUUUUAAAAGGUCAUGAUGACCUUGUUGUCAUUGGUGUAUCGAUAUGCUGGGGAGCAAAAGAUGCAUAUUUUGUAUCCCUACAACAGGAGCUGUCAGAAAAAGGUAUAAGUGCCAGCUUGGCUCCACCACCUCUCGAUGAGAAUCUGACCAUGGAGGAAAGACUGAAGCAAAUUCAGUGCUGCUUGGAUCAAGCAUCAUUCUCAGAUGCUGAGAGAGUGAUGGUUACUUAUGACUUUAUUCAGCUGUACAAGACACUUCUUCUGGCUUGCGGGCUCACUAUGCAUCUUAAAUUUGAAGACCCAAAGAUUGCAUGUUGGCUUCUGGAUUCAAGCUCCAAAGAGCGAACCCUCCACAACAUGAUUACCAGCUUUGCUCCUGAGGAUCUCCCGAUGUUGGAGGGAAUCAGUCCCGGUCAGGGUGUACAGAGCUUAGGAAUCUUUGGAGAUGCCAGUCAACCUGGACGCUUCAGAGCUGCCAUUGAGUCUGUUUUGGUCUUCAGAGUCAUGACGCACCUCAAUAUUUUCCUAGAAAAGGAUGGUUUCUUAGAUGUGUUUAAGAAAGUGGAGAUGCCCACCCAGUACUGCUUAGCUCUGUUGGAGCUGAAUGGAAUUGGGUUCAGUGUUGCAGAAUGUGAGACGCAGAAGCAUGUGAUGCAGGCCAAGCUCAGCACCCUUGAAUCUCAAGCCUAUCAGCUUGCAGGACACAGCUUCUCAUUGACCAAUCCGGAGGAUAUUGCUGAGGUGUUGUUUCUUGAGUUGAAGCUGCCUCCCAAUGGAGAUUUAAAUGGUCUAAAGAAUAAGAAGACUCUGGGCUACACUAGAAGAGCAGGAUCCCGUGUAAAACUUUCGAAACAGUUCAGCACAACCAAGGAUGUUUUGGAAAAGCUCAAACCAUUGCAUCAGUUACCAGGAGUUAUCCUUGAGUGGAGAAGGAUCACAAAUGCUUUGACAAAAGUGGUUUUCCCCUUGCAAAGAGAGAAGAGGUGGAACACACAGCUGAAGAUGGACAGACUAUAUCCAAUCUCACAGUCACAUACUGCCACAGGUCGGGUGAGCUUCACAGAACCAAAUAUUCAGAAUGUUCCAAAAGAUUUUGAAAUUCAGAUGCCAACCUUAAUUGAAGAAAGUCAGCCAUCACAGCGCGGUGCAAGCAAGACAUGGUGUAAAAAGUCAAAGAUAAAUCGGCAGCUGGCACCUCUUUUAAAAAUACCAGACAAAUUACCAGAGAAAGGGAUGCCAUUUUUUGUGAGCAUGAGACAUGCUUUCGUUCCUUUUUCAGGAGGGCUAAUUCUGGCUGCGGACUACUCACAGUUGGAGCUCCGUAUCUUAGCGCAUCUUUCACGGGACAGACGACUUCUCCAGGUGCUCAACAGUGGUGCAGAUGUGUUUAAAAGCAUAGCAGCUGAGUGGAAAAUGGUGGACCCAGCUUCAGUUAAUGAUAAUCUGAGACAGCAGGCCAAACAGAUUUGCUAUGGAAUAAUCUAUGGCAUGGGAGCAAAGUCACUUGGAGAGCAAAUGGGCAUUGAGGAGAAUGAUGCUGCCUGUUACAUUGAGACUUUUAAAUCCAGAUACACAGGCAUACAGACCUUUCUUCGUGAAACUGUGAAGAAAUGUGUGGUAAAUGGCUAUGUGAAGACACUACUUGGCAGAAAGCGUUUCUUGCCUGGAAUAAAGGACUCAAAUUUGUACAUAAAGUCUCAUGCAGAGCGUCAGGCAGUGAACUCAACGGUGCAGGGCUCUGCUGCUGACAUUGUCAAAUUAGCAACCAUUAACAUCCAGCGCCGACUGGAAGCAGCUUUUCCAGAAGAGCCCACAUCGCAUCAGCACCCUACAGUCAGAUUGGGUGUUCGGCACAGAAAUCAGUUAAGGUAUCCUCGAGGAGGCUUUUUUAUACUUCAGCUGCAUGAUGAACUCAUCUAUGAAGUUGCAGAGGAAGAUGUAAUCCAGGUUGCACAAAUUGUGAAGCGAGAGAUGGAGUGCGUUGUUAAAUUAUAUGUAAAGCUUCACGUAAAAGUCAAAGUGGGACCAAGUUGGGGUAACCUUCAAGACUUGGACAUCUAAAAAAUAUUCUCUUAAUAUUUCCUCUUUUGUAUUAUUCGUCUGUUUACCAUCAUGGUUUAAGUGUGUUAUUAAAACACUACAGAUUUUACAGAUGUGUUUUGUAUAUAUUCAGGUAAUGAUGUAAUUUUUAAUCUGAAAUAAAAUGUUACAGAUGCUUUAU